GCAAUCUCAGGCAAUCUCUCGUCGGGUUACCCUCAUUGACCGCCGCGAAUCUUGCGAUCUCCCGAUUCAAAGUACAACAACAAGAACAACAAGUACUGGAAUGGGCUGGCAAAAGACUUUUGCACUCGAGCGCCGUUCCAAGGGGUGCCAUCUCGUUACAGACGAGGUCUUGUCACAGAUCCGGCCUGGCUUGCAGGAUGUGAAGGUCGGCAUGCUAUACCUCUUCAUUCAGCACACCUCUGCCGCCUUGACUAUCAACGAAAAUUACGACCCCGACGUCCGACGAGAUAUGGACAUGGCGCUCGACAAGAUUGUACCCGAGCAUCUGAACUGGGUGCAUACAGAUGAGGGUCCAGAUGAUUCUGUGUCCCACACUAAGACCUCUCUUGUCGGCACCUCCAUUUGUGUGCCGAUCACCGAUGGACGGCUGAAUUUAGGUACCUGGCAAGGAAUUUACCUUACAGAGUUCCGCCACGCGCCGCACACCAGGCGGGUCGUCGCGACAAUAUUGUCGUGAGCGCUAGGCCGCCGUUGCCGUCCUGAUUCUCCGACAAAUCGGAGGUGGUGACCAUAGGACGCUGAUGCUGGAUUGACGGUGGAGCCUAUAGGACGUUCUGAUCAGACUCCCUGCUCGACGUCCUGCGUUCGGGAAGCCAAAUUUGUGUAUUACCACCACUAUAGCCCCUGUAGAAUAAUGAUACACGUGGCGAUGAGCAAUGGCAUAUAGGGGUAUCUCAAGU